CGUGAAGUGUCACCGAAGAAAUCGAGAGGCAGCUUCGGGCACCAAUCCCGCUUCGAUAGGAAGAAUAGAAGCGAAAACAAAUCACUUGCCCAUAGCAACACUGAAUAUCAAACUCUGGCCUCAUCUUUGUCACCAUGACUGGGAACAAGGCUAUUGGGAACAGCCCCGCAGCGGGAAAGGAUGACACAUUCACCUCUCCAACUUCCCCUGUAGCGCCGUCUUCCCCCCCAGCGCCCGCUGCAGCAGCGUCUCCCAAAGCAGCGUCUCCUGGGGCAGCGCCUUCCGCACCAGCCACCGAGCCGGCCGCGACUGAGCCGUCGUCCGGGUUGCUAUCCGCCCAACACUGGGCUCACGCUGCGGACCUCCCGGUGGAUGAGGGAGACACGGGUGAGGAUGGGGACUCUGCCCUUGGCGACGACCAAGCCAGCUCUACGGCAUCCAUCACCUCCAGCAUUCUGAAGUACAGGACGAUCAAUGGGAGAACUUACCAUUCGGAGAGCGGGAACUCCCAGCAUUGGACCCCCAACGACGAUGUGCACCUCGAGUCCAUGGACAUCAAUCACCACCUUCUUCUUCUUUCGCUCAAAGAAAAGCUGUUCCUUGCACCGCUGGACAAGGACAUCGAGAGAGUCGUCGAUAUUGGUACCGGUACAGGCAUUUGGGCCAUCGAUUUCGGGGAUGAAUUUCCCAGCGCCGAGGUCAUCGGCACCGACAUUUCCCCAAUCCAGCCUAGUUGGGUUCCGCCAAACGUGAAGUUCGAAAUCGAGGACUGCACACAGCCGUGGACGCUCCCCUCAGACCACUUCGACUACGUCCAUAUGCGUCAACUCUUUGGCAGCAUUGACAAUUGGGACGCCCUGUUUGCAGAAGCAUACCGCGCCUGUAAGCCUGGAGGCUGGAUUGAGAGCUACGAGGCCUCGCCUAGGAUGGAGAGCGACCACGUGCCGGAGACGGAGAACCUCGCCAUACAUGAAUGGGGCAAGUUUUUUAUCGAGGGCGGGAAAAAGCUUGACCGGACAUUCUCGAUCAUCGAUGACAACCUACAGGUGAAGGGGAUCGAGAAGGCAGGCUUUACCAAGAUUAACACUUGGGACUUCAAGGCGCCGAUCGGAAGCUGGCCCAAGGACGCAAGGCUAAGGGAGAUUGGCCGGUACGCGCAAGCAGCGCUCGAACAAGAUUAUGAAGGCUACGUGCUCGCCAUGGCAAGCCUGCAGGGUUGGACCAAGGAGGAGGUCUAUGUGUACUGCGCGCACCUCAGGCGCGAGAUCCGUUCUGGGAAGUACUGCCCCUUUUACCGACAGAGGGUCGUCUGGGCCCAGAAACCCGAGUAGUUGUGGAACCGCUGCUGGGGAAAUGGCUGCGAGAUAGGGGACAGGCAUAUUCGCAGAUUCCAAGCCC